UUGGCGAACCAAUCACAAGCCAAGGACGAAAUACACUUCCGGUAUCAGUUCGACUUGUGUAUUCGGUGAUAUUUCUACGUUAUAAAAGUUAAAAUUAUGAGUAUUCUUCAUCGCUCCAAGAAGCUGCUUGUAUCGGCAUUGAAAAGUAACGUGUUGCUGGAGCACACCGGGGUUUGUUCAAGCUUCAGUUCGGCCUCCAAAGCUCGUUGUUAUAGUCUGUGUCUCCCUCGACGUUUUACACCAUAUGUGUCCUCCUCAUGUCAGUAUUGGCAUCAUCAUUUAGACACCAACAGAUUAUAUUCAGAGGUGUGGAGUGAAAAUAGUUCAAGUAUCAGUACCGAUCUGUUACAAGAGGAGUCACCUAUGAUAGAAAGUGACCACAGAGACCUGAGACAAAAAUCUCCUGAGUCCUUCACUCUUGAUGUGCUGGUGUCCCUGCUUCGUCAGGAAAAUGCAGUGGACAUCUGCGUGGUGAAAGUACCAGAACAGAUCAAAUACACAGAGUACUUUAUUGUUGUCAGCGGUUUGUCACAGAGACACCUCCAUGCGAUGGCACUUUAUGCUAUCAAAGUGUACAAGUUUCUGAAGAAAGAAGGGGAGCCAAAUGUCAAAAUAGAAGGAAAGAAUGCAGAAGACUGGAUGUGUAUUGACUUUGGGAACAUGGUUUGUCACUUCAUGCUACCUGAGACCAGGGAAGUGUUCGAGUUGGAGAAACUCUGGACUCUCCGCAACUAUGAUGAGCAGCUGAUGAGCAUCCCCGCAGAGACACUACCAGAGGACUUCAUUUAUGAGGCUGAAGUCACUAAGUGACAGCACAGGACAAAUCACCUCUGUAUUUAAAUACUUAAUUACACCUUUAUAACGGAUAUAUGGAUUCAUCCUUUGCUAACCCUCUGAGGGAAAUGAAUAAGAUGAAUCAUCUCUGGACAAAAACAUUAGAUUCUGGGAAAGGAGUUCAGAAGAGGAUGCAGGAGCAGCAAUAGAAAAUACCAUAAUUAAAGUUUGAUGGUAUUUGAUUCUGCUAAAGAAAACAUGCAUGUUUUAUUUUGAUGGUUACAAAUAAAUUGUUUUUAUAUAAUUGUA